CAACGCUUUGAAUAUCGAAGUUAAAUCCAUCCACAAAUUUAUUAAAAGAGAAAUAUUGUGCUACUUUUUUUAAAAUGGGUUCAAAUGAAAGAACAAGAUCACCAAGAGCCGAUGAUAAUGGCAACGAGUCUGUGUCUCCAAAAAAGUUUCGCGUUGAUUCUGGAUUUUUUUGUUUUUUUCUUUUCUUUUCUUUUCGCAUAGACAACAUAUAUAAAGUCUUUAAGUUCGAGAAUAUUUGUUGAUUGAGAAUAGCUGAUUGCGGAAUAUUCAAGGCAGGAAAAAGUAUGGACUCUAAAAUACCAUAUAUUUCUCAACCUAUCUAUGAUCUUAAACAAACCGGUGAUGUGAAGUUUGGACCAGGAACCAGAUCUGCGUUAUUAGGAUUACUUGGAGGAGCUUUACCAAAGCUAUCUUCAGAACAGCAUGAUACCGUCAGUAAAGCUAAAAAGUAUGCUAUGGAACAAAGUAUAAAAAUGGUCCUUAUGAAGCAAACACUAGCUCAUCAACAACAGCAAUUGGCUUCACAACGAACACAAGUGCAGAGGCAGCAGGCUUUGGCACUAAUGUGCAGGGUUUAUGUUGGAAGUAUAUCAUUUGAACUUAAAGAAGAUACGAUAAGAGCAGCCUUUCUUCCAUUCGGUCCUAUAAAAUCCAUUAAUAUGUCAUGGGACCCAAUAACACAAAAGCAUAAAGGAUUUGCCUUCGUUGAAUACGAAAUACCCGAAGGUGCUCAGCUGGCAUUGGAACAAAUGAAUGGAGCUUUAAUGGGUGGUCGUAACAUUAAAGUAGGUCGACCCAGUAAUAUGCCACAAGCCCAACAAGUAAUAGAUGAAAUACAAGAAGAAGCAAAAAAUUUCAACAGGAUUUACGUGGCCUCUAUCCACCCAGAUUUAUCUGAAGAAGAUAUAAAAAGCGUGUUCGAAGCUUUUGGACCAAUUCUGUACUGUAAACUGGCCCAAGGAACUUCUCUACACACACACAAGGGUUAUGGAUUUAUUGAAUAUGCAAAUAAACAAGCCAUGGAUGAAGCAAUUGCAAGCAUGAAUCUGUUUGAUCUUGGUGGACAACUCCUAAGGGUUGGUCGUUCAAUAACUCCACCAAAUGCAUUAGUAAGUCCAGCAGCAAACUCAACCAUGCCAACAGCCGCUGCUGUAGCGGCUGCAGCUGCAACAGCAAAAAUACAAGCUUUAGAUGCAGUUGCAAGUAAUGCUGUUCUCGGCUUAGCUGCCGCUACUCCUUCCCUCGGAAUGCAGCCCCUUGCAGCUAAAGUAGCUACAUUGCCGCUCUCAACACCUGGAAAUAGUUUACAUUCCGCUAUUUCUUUACCCACAACUGCUGGUACUUCAUUUAUAUCUACUGGUAUAUUCCAAACUCCAAGUGUUGCUUCAAAUAUUAUGGCUGCUUCAGCUUUGCAAGCAGUUUCUACGCAAGCUAUAAAUGCUGCUGCAAAGACAAUAAUAGGUCCAGGUUCUAAUGUGACAGUUCCACUUAUUAGUAAAUUUAAUGCAGGCGCUUCGGAAGUAGUUCCAUUGGCAACAAUACCCAAUCCCAUAGUACCAUUAGCUAAUACAAAUGCUACAACUAUACCAGGCGCAGUAACGAAUCAACAGGAUCAAAUACAAAAACCACAUGACAAGCAACAAGAAGAACUUAAGAAAAAGAUUCUGGAUGAGGGAGAAACUCAAACUCUACAACAACAAGAAAGUAUGUCUAUUAAAGGUCAAAGCGCCCGACAAUUUGUUAUGCAGCGUUUGAUGAGACCGCAAGAAUCGAGAGUUAUUAUUCUACGCAAUAUGGUUGGACCUGAAGAUGUUGAUGAAACACUACAAGAAGAAAUUCAGGAAGAAUGUACUAAAUUUGGAAGUGUCAGCCGUGUAAUUAUAUUUAAUGAAAAGCAAACAGAAAAUGAAGAUGACGAUGAAGCAGAAAUAAUUGUUAAAAUUUUCGUUGAAUUCACUACAAAUACUGAAGCUACGCGUGGAAAGGAUGCUUUGCAUGGGCGUUUUUUCGGUGGUCGUCGCGUAAUUGCAGAAUUAUAUGAUCAAUCACUUUUUGACCAUGGCGAUUUGUCUGGUUAAUAAUACUAAUUGUAUUUGCAGACUAUCACUAAGUACAUACAUAUAUUCUUAUUCUAAAAAUAAAUGUAUAUCAAGU